AUGCCAUUUAUUUUCCAAGCUGACCAAAAAGAAAUUUCGACCAUUCGUAAUGUCCCACUUUGGCACUGUGCUGUUGGUCGGUUCAUGGUGUACAGCAGUCGAGGUAUUAGUGCUUCUACGGAACUGGACAAACUGAAACGAAACGACCUACCAAUCCCUACUCAGUAUUGUAUCGCUGAUUUUUGGAUCGAAUUCAAGCAAGGCCAAACAAAAAGCAUAUAUUUGGAUGCAAAUGCAGAUAUAAAAGGCAGAUGUAAUUCAAUUGAAAGCAUUUUUUGUCAGCUAGUCGGACCGGGAUGUCUCAAUGAUUUGUUAUAUGUAUCACAUGUUCAAGCAAAAUAUCAGUGCUGUUGUAAUCGUGGAAAUUUGUGUAAUCACUGGGGCAAUGGCAAUCUUUUCAAAAGCAAAUAUCAAAUUAGUCUAAAACCAGAGGAUUUGCAGAAUGUUGCAUUUCAAUGUCACAUCAAGGCUAUAGCAUAUUUGACGCAAGUUUUUAUGAAAAGCACUAAGGACGAUUUAUCAAAAAUAUGUUGGCGAUCAUUUGAUUUCCAUUUCGAGCAAGAAAUCCUCAUGGUUCCUGGAGUUUCGUAUCAGCAAGAAAUGAUUUACCGGGUGGCACGUAAGGAAUUCUCUGACCAACAUUUGGUUUGUGAAAUAUUGAAUGUGUUCCCACUACGACCACAAAAUUGUCAUCGAAAGGAUUAUAUACAUCAGCCUAUCACUUAUCAAUUUUUCAAAUGUGAAUGUAGACAGCGCAUGACAUAUCUCAGUCUAUUGAUGGAUUUAUUUUUCAGUUACCUGUUGAAAGAAAGCGAAACUGAAACUUGUGAUGAAAAUAUGGCCAAUUAUUUCGAACAAUACAAAGAUACUCUUGUAAGGCCAACUUGCUACGAGGCGUAUGAUGAAAGUGGGCCAUCAACAAUUGAAUUAUAUUCAGUUACCCGGACUAUUAGUUUUACUGGUGUUUCAAUCAGAAGAGUGGUGACAAAUAGUACUCCGAUUUGUGUUACUUUUGUCAGAAUUAGCCGCGAAAGCGUUUCGUUUGGUAUACACGCAUUACGUCCAGCAAAAACAGUCACUAAGGGUCAAGAUUCGAGACGUUUUAUGAAGCUUGGACGGCGUCAAACUAAUGUAUUUGUACAACGAUGUCAAUCAAAUUCAACUAAAUCAUGUAAUGGUUUCGAAAAUUUGAUUGAACAUUUGUUGCCAUUUGCGUUACACCACUAUGCAGGUAAUAGAGAACCGUCUGGUUACUCGAAAUGUUUUAUUACAGAUGAUUUACAGCGAAUAAACUGUAAAACGAAUUUGGGAUGCUUCGAUUUUCAUUCUUUCGGCGGUGAAAGGCAACGUGGAUGUAUUGAUGAAAUACCAAGCCUAGUGGAACAAAAGCCUGAAUUAGCGGUGCUAAAUUAUUGUAAAUACGUAAAGUUGUGCAGUCAAGCUCAAUCGCCAACGAAUAAGAAUAUGGGCUUCAGUACUUUUGAAUCGAUUUUCUGA